AUGACCUUCACUCGACCUCUCUCUCCAAGUUCGUCCCCAAUUCAUGCUUCGGUUUUGGAUUGUCAGUCGGAUAGACCGAGGUUUAGCCGAGACCUGGGAUGUAACGAAUUGUCUUACUUUCUUCCCUCGCGUGCCGACGGUGUCAAUGACAUGUACUUGCAUCUGGGUUUCCAAGCCCCUCCGGAACUGAUAUCACCUCAGCGUGUACAUGCGAUCUGGGCUGUUCAGCGGCUUAGACACCCACUCCUCGCCUCUAGGGUUAAUGCCCCCGACGCCAGCUGCGCCCGGUUUGAAUACGAUAUUCCAGCUACGGUAGACGAGGCGCUUCGACUGGCCGCCGAGGAGUCGUCCUUGACAUCAAGUUCGAAGACGGUACGCCUGGUAACCACAAAAAGGGGUUAUUCUAAAAAUAACUUUCCAACAAUUAAAUUCAUAGAUCUAUUGUCGAAUUACUUGAACGGGCCUAGGCUACUCUCGGCUUGGCGCACAUCGUUCCUGAUUAUCUCCCGUGACCCUGAGCGUCUGGAGUUGGAUAAGCAAAAUGGUCUUCCGCGGUCGAUGGAAGCGGCGCUUCCCGCUCUCCCAAAUGGAUUGAGGCGUGCUAUCGGGAUGGUGGAUGAUCAGCUGUUGAGCACAAAGCAAAUUGGAGGACAGUCUUUCCCCAAGGUCAAAGGGGCAACUCGAAAAACGGUGUUCCGACGGUCUCGUUCGAUAAAGAGCGCUAACGGUGUUAGCGUAUCGAGCGCGGUAUUUGCGCUGUGUAAUAUUGCUUGGGCAAAGCUGCUGGCUAGAGGAGUCGUGACCGCAGAGAUGGGGGCCAAACUGCCAACGUUGAUGUAUUCGGCACUUAAUACUCGCCCUUGGCUGGACCAAAUAUCGGCAAACGAGUCUUUCUUCAGACUAAACAUAGGUUAUUUCAACAUCUUCAUCCCAUCAGAGUCGGCCAGCAUACAUCGGACAUUUUGGCAUCGCGCUCGGCUCGCAAAAGCGCAAAGUGCUGCCGCGGUCAAAUCGCAGUUUAUCAUCUCACGUACCCAGCUUACUGCCAGCAAGAGAAAAGAACAAGCCAUCAAAUGGGCAAAGAUAGACGACGAGGAAGCUGCAAGGACGCGCACGGGCUUACUAACGCCUGCAACGACUCCUAUUAAAGAACAACCACCCGCUCUACCCAACGUCGAACCUCGGGCAUCCAGGUCGAACCCCACUCCUCCGUCAACGGCGCUGAUGGGCCUAUCGCUACUCGGAAAUUUAGAUGGAAUGUACACCCAUGCGGCCUAUGGUCCGAUCAAACUGGACACUCUCACGACUGGGAGCCGUCAGCGCGCUGGUGCGAUGUUAUUGUUCAGUUACACUUUUGUCGGCAAACUCUGGUUGUGUUUCGGGUACGACGAGAACGGGUUUGAUCGGGCAGUGGUGGAGGAAUUUGGAAGGAGGUGGUAG